AUGAGUUUGAAGGGGAUCCAGAAAAGCAUAGUGCGCGCGCCGCAGCAGUUCAAGGCCAAGUUCAACAUUGGGGAGAACACCAAGGAUCCGGUCUAUAUUGAUGCGGAGCGACGGUUCCAGGAAUUGGAGAAGGAGACGAAGAAGCUGCACGAUGAGUCGAAGAAAUACUUCGAUGCCAUCAACGGCAUGUUGAACCACCAGAUCGAAUUCUCCAAGGCGAUGCUCGAAUUGUAUAAGCCGAUUUCCGGCCGUGCUUCCGAUCCUAGCUCCUACGCGAACGAGGGACACCCCGAAGGCAUCCGGGCCUGUGAAGAGUACCAAAAGGCUAUGCGGGAACUACAGGAAAUGCUGCAGCCUGAACUGGAGAUGAUCGAAACUCGCGUCAUCAGUCCCGCCAAUCAGCUCCUGGACAUCAUCAAGGUGAUCCGGAAAGUCGCCGUCAAGCGUGAACACAAGAAGCUCGACUACGAUCGGCACCGGAACACGUUGAAGAAGUUGCAGGAGAAAAAGGACAAAUCUUUGAAGGAUGAGAAGGCUCUGUACAAGGCAGAGAACGACGUUGAACAGGCGACUCUGGAAUACAACCACUACAACGAUCUCCUGAAGGAAGAGCUGCCCAAGCUGUUCGCCCUGGAAGCGGAAUUCAUCCGUCCUCUGUUCCAGUCGUUCUACUACAUGCAGCUCAAUGUCUUCUACAGUCUCCAUGAGAAGAUGCAGAGCCUCAACAUUGGCUAUUUCGAUCUUAGUCAAGAUAUCGUCGAGGCCUUCGAGAUGAAGCGGGGGGACGUCAAGGAGCGCGCAGAGGCGCUUAGCAUCGUCCACUUCAAGACGACUGGUGGCCGUCGCCCGGGAUCGAAGCUUCCACCCAGUGCCAAGGAUAAGCUCGCGCAGGAGGAAAAGAGCAGCCUCGCGGCGCGUCGCACGAACUUCGACACGCCGGAAAACCCACCUCCGCCGUACUCGCCUCAUGCCGCCGCCGGUUCGACGACAAUAGGCCACGCAAACAGCACAGCGGGUAGCACUCUUGCAGCGGCGGCAAAAACCAAGCCCGCGCCGCCGCCUCCACGGCCAAAGCCCGGACAUCUGAGCGGACACAACGUCGAGACGGUGACGGCGCUCUACGACUUUGAAGCACAGGCACCAGGCGACCUGAGCUUUUCGGCGGGUGACAUCAUUGAAAUCGUGCAACGGACGAAUAACGAGAACGAGUGGUGGACGGGCAGGCUUCGUGGGGUAACGGGACAAUUUCCAGGCAACUACGUCCGGCUCAACUAG